GCGACCGAGGACUCCAGGGGGCCGCUUUCUCGGUCGCGCCCGACCGGCGCCCCAGCGGGAGGACUUCCGGUGCGUUUCCGCGGUACCCGAGGUUGCGGGCGCUGUUCUGGAGGACAAGAAGGAAGGGGUUCCUUUCGGUCACCCGCCGUUGGCCCAAUGGCUGCCAUGCAGAUGGAUCCCGAGUUAGCCAAGUGCCUCUUCUUUGAAGGGGCCACUGUGGUUAUCCUGAACAUGCCCAAGGGGACAGAGUUUGGCAUUGACUACAACUCCUGGGAGGUGGGGCCUAAGUUCCGGGGCGUGAAGAUGAUCCCACCGGGCAUCCACUUCCUACACUACAGCGCUGUGGACAAGGCCAAUCCCAGGGAGGUGGGCCCUCGUAUGGGCUUCUUCCUUAGCCUGCAGCAGCGGGGGCUGACUGUGCUGCGCUGGAACACAGUCCGGGAAGAGGUGGACCUGUCCCCAGCCCCAGAGGCCGAAGUGGAAGCCAUGAGGGCCAAUCUCCAAGAGCUGGACCAGUUCCUGGGACCUUACCCCUAUGCCACACUUAAGAAGUGGAUCUCACUCACCUCCUUCAUCAGUGAGGCCACCGUGGAGAAGCUGCAGCCUGAGAGCCGGCAGAUCUGUGCCUUCUCAGACGUGCUGCCCGUGCUCGCCAUGAAGCACACCAAGGACCGGGUGGGCCAGAAUCUGCCCCACUGUGGCACAGAGUGUAAAAGCUACCAGGAGGGCCUGGCCCGGCUGCCCGAGAUGAAGCCCAGAGCCGGGACAGAGAUCCGCUUCUCAGAGCUGCCCACGCAGAUGUUCCCGGCAGGGGCCACACCGGCAGAGAUAACCAGGCACAGCAUGGACCUGAGCUAUGCCCUGGAGACGGUGCUCGGCAAGCAGUUCCCCAGCAGCCCCCAGGACGUGCUUGGUGAACUCCAGUUUGCCUUUGUGUGCUUCCUGCUGGGGAAUGUGUACGAGGCAUUCGAGCACUGGAAGCGGCUCCUGAACCUCCUGUGCCGGUCCGAGGCAGCCAUGGUGAAGCACCAUGCCCUCUACGUCAACCUCAUCUCCAUCCUGUACCACCAGCUCGGCGAGAUCCCUGCCGACUUCUUUGUGGACAUCGUCUCCCAGGACAACUUCCUCACCAGCACCCUGCAGGUUUUCUUUUCCUCUGCCUGCAGCACUGCUGUGGAUGCCGCCCUGAGAAAGAAGGCAGAGAAGUUCCAGGCUCACUUGACCAAGAAGUUCCGCUGGGACUUUGCUGCGGAGCCUGAAGACUGUGCCCCGGUGGUGGUGGAGCUCCCCGAGGGCACCAGCACUGGCUGACCGGGGGCGCUGGCGCAGCCCUGGCCUCUCCGCUCGCCCCUUCCUGUCCUUGGAACAGCCAGGGCUGUGCUCCUGCCGGUCUGCAGAGAUGGAGCCGGUUCCCUCCGUCACCAAUAAAUAAGUUCCUUCCUUGCCAAGGAGUCUCCCAGGCUUGAGGUACAUUUGUGGGUUCCCUGUCAGCCUGGCCACGGUGCUACCCUGACUGAGUUUCAGACCGGCUCUUAGAGUGGCUCCCGAGAUCCGCCUCAGCCACGGCUCCGCUCCUGCCGCUGGGAAGUGUGUGCUCCAGGCCGAGGCGCCCGGGGUCUGUGAAGUCAGAUGGGGAGACGAGCCAGAGUCUGCCGCUCCCUGACGAGGGCAGCUCGUGGGCUCUCAGCUCCCAGGAGCCCUGCACUGGGAGGACAGUGGGGCUUCGUCUGACCGGUAGUGGUCAACUCUGUGUCCUGGCCUCGGGCCCCAGCGGCUCACCUCCUAACCAUGGUUUGGCCCCUGCCUGCGGCCUCCGACCCAGAAGUAGAGCUUGGCAGCCCUCCCAGAUGUCCCCAGAACCUCCAGGACUGCUCCUGUUGACCUGAACACAGCAGAAAGAAAGGUUCUUGCCCUGAGCAGACCUCGGGGGCCCUGGUGCGGUUCUCUGCCCCUCUGGUGCUGGAGAUGGCCCGGUCAGCCUGCGUCCUGCCGGCCCCGUUGUGGGGCUGCCAGGCAUCAGGAGCCACGUUCCCGGCUGUCCAGAGGCCCGCAGGCAAGCCCAGCCUCCCGUGUGGGCGGAGUUCCGUCUGGCCAGGCACACAGGCCCCACUGCCCUGCCAGACUGGGGCCAUGAUCUGAGUCCUCGCCUUCCUCUGGGGCUCACGCCGGGUUCUUGAAUGAGAAUCCCUGCUGGUUAAGAUUUCUGGUUCGCCUUGUUUCCUUGGAGAUGUUUUUCCAAGAGUAUAAUGUACAUUAAAGUCUUCGAGUUGAGACCAAACCCCCCUGUGUGACACUGUCUUGCAGUUAAUCUGCCCAGUUCCCAGAGCGGCCCAGCCACUUCCACAGUCACCCAUCUCCCACCUGCACCUCAGUGUUGCCUGCGCUGCCCAGUGAGGCUGCUGAGAUGGGCACACCCAGGAAGGAAGCUGUGACCGGAAGUGUCCAGCCUCGUAUUGUUUUCCUUCCCAGGCCCACGCACCAGAGCUUCCUGGGAAGCUUGUUAGAAAUGUAGAUUCCAGGCCGGUGUCGUGGCUCAACAGGCUAAUCCUCCGCCUUGCGGCGCCGGCACACCAGGUUCUAGUCCCUGUUGGGAUGCCGGAUUCUGUCCCAGUUGCCCCUCUUCCAGGCCAGCUCUCUGCUGUGGCCAGGGAGUGCAGAGGAGGAUGGCCCAAGUACUUGGGCCCUGCACCCCAUGGGAAACCAGGAGAAGCACCUGGCUCCUGCCAUCGGCGCGGUGCGCAGCGCGCCAGCCGCGGCGGCCAUUGGAGGGUGAACCAACAGCAAAGGAAGACCUUUCUCUCUGUCUCUCUCUCUCUCUCACUGUCCACUCUGCCUAUCUUUAAAAAAAAAAAAAAAAGAAAAGAAAAAAAAAGAAAUGUAGAUUCCACGGAGUGACGUCCUGACACGCCAUGCCAUGCGUGGCACUGCAAACAGCGUGCUCCAGUGGAGAAGCCAGACAUGUUCCCUUUCUCUGCGUGUCCACAGGGAGAGCAGGGCGCGGGAGGAGGCUGCUGCUGGCUCGGGUUUCUCUCCGGGGGUGACGAUGCUGGCGUCAGAUGGUGAGACCGCUGAAAGCAUGCACAUUUCUGUGGGCUGGGGGAGUGCCCGCUCAGUGAGAACUGCGCAAGUGCAGGCGCCGUCAGUGUUCUGAGGUUUGCCCAGAGGGAAGCCACGUGACCUGGAGGUCUCCGACAGCCUGGCACGUGGCACCCAGCACCCUGGAGGACGGCGCUGUUGGCAGCACCUGGAAGGCAGGCGCUGGACCUCCUCCCCACUCUCACCAGUAUCCCGCGUGGUAACAGAGCCUGCACCAUGAACAAGAACGGGUCAGACGAGGACGGCCGCUGGGGGCUGCGUGCUCCACCCCCCAACAGCACGUGCUUCGUUCUGCUGAGGGGAAAAUGGACUCAGAGAGCUUCCGUCACUGCCAGGGUCACACAGCUGAGGACUGAGCACAAGCGCCGUGUCCACGCCCACUGCCGACCACGUGCGUCCAGGACAGCCAUCCCCUCUGCCCGCCGCCAGUCCGCUGGGUGACCUUGCACAAGCCGCUGGAGUUCUCUGGCCUCAGUCCGGCCAGGAUUCGGGGUGCCUGUUACUCUCCCUGCCCCUUGUGGGACUAGUUGUUUCCCAAGGGGAAGCUGCAUUUGCACAGGGCAGUGUGGCGGGGCCGAUGGGAAAACACCCAUUAGGUCUCCAGUUUGGGGCUCGAAUGGUAUCAGCUUGAGCCAGCAGUCCCGUGUGUCUUUGAUGAAUAAAA